AUGGGGGGCGUUGAGUCCACAGCGGUGGAAGAUGUGGCAGAUGUCGCAAUCGUUGGCCGGGAUCCAGGGUCCUUAGACUCGGCCUUUGAUGCAAACAAGUUAGUGUCUGAACUGGUGCGGCGCUUGCAGGGGAAGGCCUUGGACGAGAUCAAGCUGCCAGAAGAUGCCAAGCUGCCAGGGCGCAGAUGUUUAAACCCAAUGGCCGCUGUAAUCGACGCACUGCGCUAUCCAGAUGGCGAUGGCCACGGCGACAGCAUGCUACGCUAUGGACAGCUAAAGCCUUUGAUGCCCCACGUCAUCAUUGGUGCUGGACCCCCAGGUGGCAGUUGGCAGUCGAUGUCUCCAUCCACUGUGACCCUAUCACCUGGAUCAUGGAUGGAUUUGCCAGGUCACUCCUUAGCCGAUCACCUGCGUGGGGAGCUUGCUUCGGACGAGGCUCAUGAGCUGCACCGUUACUAUGGCAGUUCGGAGGCACUAGCUGCAGCACGUGUACCACGCUGGCUGGUGGCAGAAUACUAUAGCACUUACGCACGGCGGUUAACGUCAACCGAAUUUGUGCAGGGAACAGUGCAAUCGAUGGAACGUGACGAGGAUGGUUUCUGGCGUCUACAGAUCUCGAUGCCUGGAGAGGACGCCGACUCCGAGUGCAAAACCAUCAAGGCGAAAGCUGUUGCUCUGGCGACAGGCACCGCUGAUGUGCCCCGACGGCUCAACAUUACUGGAGAAGACUUGGACUUUGUCACGCACCGACCACCCAUCCACAACCAGGCGCUAAUGGCCAGGAUCGGGCAUUUGCUUGUAGUAGGUGCAGGUCUUAGUGCGGCGGAUGCAAUCCUGCAUGCCUUGGGCUUGAGAGCUGACGGCAUCAAUGUCCGCGUCACUCAUGUGUUUCGUGGAAAAGCUGAAGACACAAAGAUCGGAAAAAUGUUUGGCGACAGCCACGGGGCCUCCAUGUACCGCGACGAAGAAUGGCUGGCGCAGCUAAUGCGACAAAAAGCCUCCGACCCGCGCUACACCGCCAAGGCCGAAUCUGAUCUACAAGAGAUUCUGGAGGAUGGCUCGUGCGUGAUCAAGAGGAAGGAAGGCGAAGAAACUAUUUCAGAGGUUUCUGUGGUGGCACUUCUUUUGGGCGCUGGUCCCUCCUUGCAUUUUCUUCCACCUUCGCUACGACGAGCACAGCGCUUGCAGCCGUACGUCCCAUUGACACGCACGGUGCCGGGGGAGAUGGGAAAGGGAUGGAAGGAGGGAUUGUAA